AUGUCAACAAAAAACGCCACCAAACUCUACGAGCUACCAAAUGCAUCGGUGACCCCUGGACUUCGCAAAAUGGUACAAUCUGACGUCCAUGCUGUCACAGAGUUGCUCAGGGGAUACCUUCUAGAGUUUCAGGUUGCAGCUGAGUUUUGUGAUGAAGAUGUCAAGCAUUGUCUUCUCCCCAAAAACGAUGUUGUAGAUUGUUACGUAGUAGAAGACCCUGAAACUCAUGUUGUCACCGACAUUUGCAGCUUCUACACUGUCUUUUUUACUAUCGGUGGCAGGAACAACGACCAACUGAAAGGGGCGUAUUCUUACUACAACGUCGCAACAAAGACACCGCUUGUCAAGCUGAUGAAGGAUGCCUUAAUCAUCUGUAGGCAGAAUAAAUUUGAUAUCUUCCAAGCAAAGGGUGUGAUGCACAACGAGAAAUUCUUUGAAAAACUCAAGUUUGAAGAACUGGAGGCAGAGGAACAUUUCUAUCUCUUCAACCAGCGCUUAAGGACUGGAUUACAGCCUUCUCAACUAGGCUUGAUUCUUCUCUAA